AUCCAAGAUGGCGACGGCCUAAACGCUGACUCUCGGCUUCAAAACGUCAGUCAAAAAAAAACAACCAAUGAAUGACGUCACGACGAACGCGUCCACUUCUUGUUCACAGUGUGUACAGCCUGGUCCGAACGACGCGCUAUGGCGAGCACUACUAUCAACAGAACACCCUCAAAGGCGCCUGACUCUGAGUAACAACUGAUAAACGGAGAGGGUUUCGUACCCCCACCCCCUACCCUGAGCCGUGUGUCGUAUUUAAUGUCACGGUUGGGCUAUAGCCGAUCUCAGCUAUCAAUAGGGCGAGGGCCAAAACAAUGGCAAGUAAAAGCAGAGACAGUGGUGAAGUUAUUAAAAACUACCACAAACAGGCGUUUGAGUUUGUAUCGAAGGCAUUAAGGAUCGACGAAGAUGAUACAGGAGAUAAAGAGCAGGCUGUACAGUGGUACAAGAAGGGGAUUGCUGAACUCGAAAGUGGUAUUGCAAUAGAGAUCACGGGACAAGCAGGAGAGCAAUAUGACAGAGCAAAGAGACUUCAGGAUAAAAUGGUCACCAAUCUCACCAUGGCAAGAGAUAGGCUUGCUCUGUUGGAUGCGACACUGACAUCUAAAAAGAGUAGUCCACAGAAGACCUCAAAUCAUGAUCUUCCACAACCAAAGCCUGUGCCUAAAAGCCAGCCUGCAGUGCGAGGUUUGUCCACUAACAUCAGGCCCUCCACUUUUGUUAGACCCCCAUCCAGAUCCACUGAUCCAAAGGUGACCCCACGGGUUGGAAAAGCUCAAAAUGGAAAACACACAGCUGGGAAACAGCCCCCAAAGAGGAAUAUGAAAAACUUCAAGAAUGUGGACAGCAAACUGGCCAACUUGAUUAUGAAUGACAUUGUGGACAGUGGAGCAUCUGUAUCCUUUGACGACAUUGCGGGACAGAACUUGGCCAAGCAAGCACUCCAGGAGAUUGUCAUCCUCCCUGCCUUAAGACCAGAGCUCUUUACCGGCCUAAGAGCUCCGGCACGUGGUUUGCUCUUAUUUGGCCCGCCUGGAAAUGGGAAAACCAUGCUCGCCAAAGCAGUCGCUGCAGAGUCAAAUUCAACGUUCUUCAACAUCAGCGCAGCCAGUUUGACUUCUAAAUAUGUAGGAGAGGGCGAGAAGCUUGUACGAGCACUGUUUGCAGUCGCCAGAGAAUUGCAGCCCUCUGUCAUCUUUAUGGAUGAAAUUGACAGCUUGCUCUGUGAAAGGAGGGAGGGAGAACAUGAGGCCUCUCGUCGAUUAAAAACCGAGUUCCUCCUUGAGUUUGAUGGGGUGCAGUCAAGAGGAGACGACAGGGUACUCGUAAUGGGAGCGACCAACAGGCCUCAGGAUCUUGAUGAAGCAGUACUGAGGCGCUUUGCAAAAAGGGUUUAUGUGGCAUUGCCUGAUGGGGAGACAAGAUUAACUCUGCUGAAAAACCUUUUGGAAAAGCAUAGGAAUCCACUGAGCAAAAAUGAACUGUCCUCUCUAGCAAAACUGACUGCAGGAUAUUCAGGAAGUGAUCUCACCUCAUUAGCCAAAGAUGCUGCGCUUGGGCCAAUUAGAGAGUUGGGUCCAGACCAAGUCCGAAGUAUGGCUGCUAGUGAGAUGCGUAACAUCAAGAUGAAAGACUUUGAGGAUUCCCUGAAGCGCAUUAAGCCCACUGUGAGCUCAGCGACUCUUAAUAUGUAUACCAAAUGGAACAAAGAUUUUGGGGACACAACAGCUUUUUGAACUUGAUACUUAAUUUUCGCUUGUUUAAAAAUAAAGUUGUUUUUUCUGUUUAAA